AUGUCCCACCGCCUCACCAUGCACUCCAAAGACAAAGAAACAGCAGACGUCCCACCGCAGAUCUCUGACCUGCACUGCUUCACCGAAACCAACGGCAUAAUCACCACCACCAUGUUCGACGUCCCCGGCUACCGUGUCGUCCGCGUACUAGGCACCGUCUACGGCCUGACAGUUCGCUCCCGCAACUGGGCGGCGUCUUUGGGUAUGGUGCUUAAGAGCGUGGCGGGCGGUGAAUUAAGGUGGUUUACGGAUAUGCUCUAUAACGCCCGCAACGACGCCAUCUCCCGCGUGGUAUCCGAAGCCCAAGCACGCGGCGGAAAUGCAGUGAUUGCGAUGCGGUUCGAGUCGGGCGACCUGGGCGGGUUUGCGCAGGUGUGUGCUUACGGCACGGCGGCUAUUAUUGAGAAGAUUGAUGAAAGUGUGCAGACGCCGCCGCAGUUGGAGAAGAGUGCUUAG